AUGGUUCCGAACGCCGAUUCCCGUCGUUCUUCAUCCACGACACUAGGCUACACAGACAUAAGAACUGUCCCAGAGGAGAUCGGGAUCGGACGAAACGACAAGAGCUCGCCUGGUUUAUCAUGGGGCAUUGCGUUCAUUGCUCGCGCGGUCAUCUACCGCUUCAUCCUCUUUACGUUUGACUGCUCAGAUGUCCAGCCACUCCUCGCACUUUUCUUCUGGCCCGGACACGUCGUUGCCCUCGUUCUUCUGCUCCUCGAUGUGUAUUGCCGAAGAAUUCCCUUGAUCGGACGUUUUUGCACGGAUUCCACGAAACCUAUUCACGGAAAGCUUCGUACCAAAGCGCAGCUAGAUCUCGAUUCCGUCUUUAUAAUCACCCUUCUUUGCUCCUAUUGGGUAAAGGUCCUUGAGACCAUGUUGAAAGGCGCUAUGGCGGAAACCAAGACUGCCGACGACUUGCCCAUCGACAAUAAUCCUACUCCUCCAAGCGGGGAGGGUCCAGAGGAAGAGUGUUCUUAUAUCGGCGAUGAGAUUGACUUGGUGCUCAAAGCAAGAGAGGUGGCGGGCGAAAACGGACACAGCGUCGUUGAGAUUUGCAGAUGGGUGGACAGCAUGAACGCCAAAAACCCUCGCUGGGAGCAAAAGUGGCGUGAGAAUCGCCCACUCCCCCACGGCGCUUCCACAGGUUACGGUCUAGGAUACUGGGAUCACUGCGAGUCCAUGCAUCUCGCCGCGAUGACCCCAACUGACUUUGACCCCCGGAACCUACCCACCGGACGAUCUGAGCCGUCAACUCCGAAUAGCAUGGCUGUUAACCAUCCAAGCGGUCACCGUUCUUCCGAUAUUAGCGAGCUAGAUAUCCCCGCUCCCUCUGGCCAGGACCAAAAGAACUCUUCCAACGUCAAAUCUGCCCGGAAUAGGGUCAUCAAUGGCUUUCGCUCCAUUCCCGAGAACUGUGACGAUCACUUGUAUCCUGUGGAAGUUGAACACCAGAGACAGCACCAGAGAAAGCACCAAAAAAGGCCCCAAGUGGAACAACGAGAGAUCCCCGUCACUUACAUGGCACUCACCGCUGAGGGACCCGCAUCUAACACACAAUCUUGGUUGGACAUGACGUGCAAUGGAUGUGGAAGCCGCGGAUCUGGAUGUUGCGCCUCUAGGGGACAAAGUGCGACUUUUGGUCCCUCCACCUGCAAGCCCCAAGCGGACAACGGAAUGCCCAUCAAUCCGAGUCCCUUCGCAGGUAUGAAGAAGCAUGUUAGAGAAGACUUGGAGGAAUUCAUUGCAACGGUGAGAAGAACGCCCGUUUCGGCAUAUAUGCCACUAACCCCUGACAAGAAGGAAGCUCCCAAGUCCAGUGAUGCUUCCAAGUCCUGUGGUGCUUCCAAGUCCUGUGGUGCUUCAAAAUCCAAUGGUGCUUCAAAAUCCAAUGGUGGUGGUGAUGGCGGUACUUCCUUGAAGGCUGUCCCGGGCCUUGAAGGAUGGGAACCUAUCACUUCUGCUUUGAAUCCCGACACCCAAAGAACUACUUCCCUUGCCUCUACUCAUGGUUCCGUCUCCGACGUUGAAAAUGAAGUUUCUGUUGUCAAGGGUUCUGACAAAGAAAAGGACGAGAAGGAUAUAAAGGCUGUGAAGGAUGUGAAGGAUGUGAAGGAUGUGAAGGAUGUGAAGGAUGUGAAGGAUGUGAAGGAUGUGAAGGAUGUGAAGGAUGUGAAGGAUGUGAAGGAUGUGAAGGAUGUGAAGGAUGUGAAGGAUGACAAGGUCGGGAAGGUCGGAGAUGAUGGAAAGGGCGGAGAGGACAGAGAGGAUGGGGUUUCGGUGGUUGUUGGUGAAGCCGACACCAUGAUCAAGCUGGAGUCAGAGGACUGA